AUGAAGAACAUGAGGGCGGUCGGUCUGAUCGGCCGUUUAUGCCUCAAGCGCGUUCCGCGCCGACACAUCCCAUGGCCUCGACAACAACUGCCUCGGCAGAGCCCGCGCCGGGCUCCCAUCAUAGGUGGGGUGUUCAUGGCCACCUUAGCACCUGCAGCGUUCCUGAAGCUGGCUGAAGAGAAUGAUGGAUCUGACAAGACGGCUGAAAUGCAGAUGCUCGAAGCGUCGCGGGAAGAAGUCCGCAAAUCUGUCUCUCCCGACGCGCAUGGCAUCUCGAAGCUCUGUCAGACUCUCUGGGUCUACUUUUACCACUAUGUCUACGACCCCGUUGCAACCGGUUUUCGCUUUGUACACCUGGCGAUUAUUUUCGUCCCCGUCGUCGUCACGAUCCCGGCCAUCUGGAUCGGCCGAAAAACGAACGAUCAGGAUGGAGCCCGCUCGGGCACACUGUGGUGGUAUCGGUUCUUGGUGAAGGCGAUGGAGCGGGCCGGUCCUGCAUUUAUCAAGCUCGGACAAUGGGCCGCAUCACGAACAGAUAUCUUCCCUCCGGAAAUGUGCAACAUAAUGUCGUCCCUGCACUCCAACGCCCCUGCCCAUUCACUACACCAAACGAAACGCAUCAUCCGCAAGGCUUUUAACGGAUUGCCGUUCGAGGAUAUCUUCGAGGAAUUCCAGGAGGAACCUCUCGGCGUUGGUGCGAUAGCACAGGUCUAUAAAGCGAAGCUGAAACCGAGCUUGGCUGCAUCCAGGGAUCAGGAACUCGGCGUAGAGCCACCGACACUGGGCGAAAAGGUUCGAAAGAAUGUUGACGUGCUGGUCAAGAGCUCCCCGCAGCGAGUGCCGUCCUCGUAUGUUGCGAUCAAGGUUCAGCACCCCAGAGUGGAACAGAUGAUCCAUCGAGAUCUGCGUAUAAUGUCGUUCUUCGCACACAUGAUCGAUGCCAUCCCUACAAUGCAUUGGUUGUCCUUCCCAGAUGAAGUUCAGCAAUUCGGAGAAAUGAUGAAACUCCAACUGGACCUUCGGAUCGAAGCAACCAACCUGGUAAUGUUCAGAAAGAAGUUCAAGUCGCGCACUGCGGCCUGGUUCCCCUAUCCUUACUUAGAAUACACUACCCGUGAUGUGCUGGUCGAAGAAUUCGCCCAGGGAAUCCCGCUGGCUACCUUUUUAGACAUUGGAGGCGGCGUUUAUCAACAUGAGAUCGCUAAUGAAGGUCUCGAUGCAUUCUUGCACAUGUUACUCAUCGACAACUUUGUCCACGCUGAUCUCCAUCCGGGCAAUAUCAUGGUCCGCUUUUACCAACCAAGCGAACUGGACCUCUCCCUUCGCAAGCAUUCACGUGCCUUUGAUGCCCCGACCCGGGCUGAAGUUGACGUCACAGAAGCCGUUCUCAAACGGCUGCGUCCUCAUCUCAAGAACACCCAGGAGUGGGAGGCUGUUCUGUCCGAACUGAAUGACGAGGGAUACAGGCCGCAAUUGAUCUUCAUCGACACCGGCCUGGUGACUCAACUCAAUGAGACUAAUCGCCGGAACUUCUUGGAUCUCUUCCGGUCGAUCGCCGAGUUUGACGGCUAUAGGGCUGGUCAACUCAUGGUCGAGCGGUGUCGCACCCCGGAAGAGGUUCUUGAUCCAGAGAUUUUUGCGCUGAAGAUGCAGCACCUGGUUCUGAGCAUCAAAUCCCGAACGUUUGCUCUUGGCAGUGUCAAGAUUGGAGAUAUCCUCAGUGAGGUAUUGACAAUGGUCCGCGGGCAUCAUGUCCGUUUCGAGGGAGAUUUCGUCAACGUCGUCAUCUCCUGUCUCCUGCUCGAGGGCAUUGGACGGAGUCUGGAUCCAGAUCUGGACUUAUUCAAGAGUGCCCUUCCUAUUCUGCGACAACUUGGAUCUGGAAGCACGUUCGUGCAGUCCGUGCAGUCGGGCGAUUACUCGAUGCUUUGGGUCUGGGUUGGCUUGGAAGCCCGUGGAUUGCUGCAGGCCAGCAUCGAGAGCGUUGAAAACUGCGUCAAGUACGACCAAUUGUCGCCUAAUAUCUAA